AUGGAUAGUAUGUGGACGAAAUGCGACGCGCUAGACGGCCAAGAAAGAAGGCAAACCCGAAUGCAAGCCUCAAGACACAAGGACAGAACGGGCCAGACUCGAAGUGAGAGUCGAGCUAACCCUCAAGACGCAGUGGGAAACACGCGAUGUGAUAGAAGUUCAUUCCAAGACGGCGAGGCUCAAGCGCGCAAGGCUCAAGAGAGCAGGAUUCAAUGCGCAGAACUGAACACAGCAAGAGUCAAGACUCAAGGCCGCGAAACACAAAAUGAGGAGAGAGCGGGAGACCUAGGGCUCGAAAUAGCCAAGAGAAGACAGAAGACAGGCGAACUUGAAGGGGUGAAGCCGGAUCCUUAA